GUUGUUAUUGUAGUUCAGUAGAGAUUUGUGGCAUAAUGGUGUUUGAGGAGUGAUGUGCUGCGUGGAGGGGAGUGUUUCUCGGCAUGUUCUGAUUGAUUCUGUGUGUAGUGCGUUUUAAGAUUAGCGUGCGAAGGAUGUUUCGUUGCUUUCGAAUUGGAUUACCGUCAAUGCUUGUGUGAAGUGACUGAAACGCCUUGCCGAGUGACAUCCUGCUUACCUGCAAUUCUAGUUGUUGCCGUUGAAAAUUUUCACUUCUCGCCCACGGUUUUGGUUCCUAGACGAGGUCACAUGUGAGGUCGUUUAGUAAUUUGACCGACAGAAUACUUUUCGAAGGUUAUAUGUCGCUCGUGGGGUUGUUCUUCUCGGCGGCUCUGUUUGUUUGUAUUUGUGGCUCUCGAUGAUGGCUGGUGGGACUUUUUACGUCGUCUCUAAUGUCAACCUUCACGGUCCUGGCCGUCGUUAUUUCUAAUUGGCGGUUGAGAGAAAAUCCGGGGUUGAAUCAUAUGUAGUUCGAUGAAUGGUGUGGGUUUUCUUGUCUUGCUCAUUCUUGUUCAGCAGCGAUGUAGCAGCAUUCGCGUGUUCGCCGACGGUUGACGAGAGCUUGAUCGAUCCGCUAUUAUCACUUCUAUGGUUUGUCCACUAAGAUAUUGGACUCAGGAUUUUUUAACUCUUUUCUUGCCCCUAUUUUUCUUAGUUUUUAUUCUUAAUCGUGCUGUCGAGUGGCCACAUUUCCAGUGCCGUCAGGCUCUCUCAAUGUUCCCGUCCUUCGAGGACAUGCAUAUUUGUUGCUGAAGCUUCAGAGGUGCUGCUUAGGUCUUAUCGUCGCAUCAACUUCUUGCAGAAUGUUGAUGCUCAUGCCUCUUGUGAGAGGCUAUCUACAAUCAUUAUGCAUGUAGGUGGUGCACAGUACUGCGGAUGCAACAUCCUGCGGAAACUCAAAACAGUGUUCGACGUGAGGAGUUAGCUGCUUAGAGGGUUUGGACGGCCGUCAUUUAUUAAAUUCUUUGGGAGCUCGUAUAUAUCGCAUAGGCACUGUAUUGGAGCUUGCUAAUCUGUGAACUGUCUGACGGAAUCGAGAUUGCUGCUCAAGGCUCCGCUUACGUCUUCUCGCAAGAUUGGAUCUCGGCGAAAUCCAAGUUGGAAGGAGGAGCACGAAAUUUUCAGCAUUUCACUUAUAAGAAUGGAAAACGCAGCAUUCGAUGAGCUCGUUGCCAUCGAUGAUCAGGAAAUUGUGCGAGACGACACCGAUUCUUGGCUUUGGCGAGAUGACUCGUUCAAGAUGGAUUCAGAAUCUGAUAUAGCUAUCGUCAAGUCCUUCUGGGAUGAUUUGACUCAAAAUGAUGAAGAGAUAUUCGCCGCGACACCGCCAAUUGUGAGGGAAAGGGAAUCAAGUCCAUCCUAUUUCUCUCUACGUAGUCAAAAAAGUGACAAUGCUAGUCCUACCAGUUCGGCUGCGGAAAAUUGUGGGCGACUGAAGAGGCGACGAAUGUUGCAGUUCUCUAGUUCUGGCGAGGAAUGUAUCCCUGCUUCUUCACCGGCUUUCGAAUCUACCUCUGUGAACAACUCACCCUUUGUGUUAUGGUUUCUGUGGGUGCUGCUGCAGACGUGCGUGAAUUCACUGGUUUCUGAAGCUGACGAGUUUCUGAUGCCAGUUCCCUCAUCGCCUAGUGAUAUUUGGUACUCCAAAGAUGUUUCAGAAUGUGGAAAGGUUACUGAUGACAAAUGGCUAUCGAAGUGCUUAGGACAUAAGGAGGCCUACAGUUCACCUCAGAAAGAAAUGGUUACAGUGCAAGACGCCAGUAAUACCGAAGGUUCAUCCGUGCAGUCUUCACCAUCGUCCGAAGGAGAAGUGUUACAAGGGCCUCUAACACCGUUCUCCAAGGGAUCUACUCCCGGAUGGAGACCCAGCCCGCUUACAAGGUUUCGAGUUAAAGCUACUCCUGUAGCGUACCCGUUUAAUUUACUGAAACCGAAUAGUGCUCAUGGCGAUGUUACUUUAAGUGACAUCAAUCGGCGAAUCAAGAGUCCGUCUACUAGGGCAUCUCGCCGUCAGGGUUUAAGAGAAGAUCACAAAUCCUCGACUCAGUCUGGAUUAGGACUUUCAGGAAAGGCUGUGGUGGAAUGCACCAAGAUUCAUACUGAAGGCAAUGGUACUAUUACCAUCAUGAAAACCCGAGGAUAGAACUGUAAGAUUAAAGGUCUGCUACCUGUACGCUUUAAGUUUCUGCUCUCAGAACGUAUAAAUGUCAAACAGUCAUACAAAGAGGAGCAGGCCAAAGCGAGCGAAACUCAAGGCCUGAUGUCUUGCAGUUAGCGAUGUGGAUUGGGUUGAGUGUAAAAUUACAAGCCGUACGUUAGAUAGUGAGUCCUUUUCAGCUACUCAGAGGCUUAACAACCACAUUGUGUAAUAUACAAUGAGCUUCACUGCAAUUUCCAGCUGUGGUAGAGCUCUGACAUUUGUACAAAAUGCUGGGAACACAUGGAUCAGACGUUUCUUGUAGUCCCAGGAAAAUUAUAGAUUAUGCAUUUCAUGCAAACCACUGUUAUCAAUCC